AUGACGUCAAAAAUACCUGUGAUGACAUCGCGGAAGGGAAUGUUCCGCCAAAUCACUGAUCUCGACGAAAUUACGGAGGACAAGUCGAACGAUUCUUCGAAAAAAAGUGUUGCGCCAAUAAAACCUGUGCGAGGUGACAAGAAAUUACUGAUGUCAUUAGCGGGAAAUUUCGUCGGAAGUGGAUUAGGGAAGCGAAGUAGGAGUUCCGAGGGCUUUCGAAUCACCGAUAAACGGAACGUGAAACAACUUUUGGAGAUCAAAGACGAACAAAUUGAGAAAUUAGUGGAAAAACUUUCGAGUUUAAUUGAAGUUAAUCGACAAUUUGCGAAGGAAAAUGACAGACUGGUUGGCGAUCGAACAAAAAUGAUCGAAAUUAUGCAAGAACAAGGCACGAGACUCAAAGAACUCGAAGGCGAAGGAUGCGAAGAAUGCAAAAAAUUGAAGCAAGAACUCGAAGAAGUGAAAAAAUCAUUUGAAAAAUGCGGAAAAGAGAACAUUGACCUCAAAAAUGACGUGAAAAUGUUAAAAGUUCUCGUUUAUCGCUUGAAUAUUCAAAUCGAAAGGUAUCAAGAAUUUUAUCGGGAACAAAAAGUAAAGUCGGGAGACAAACUUUUCAUGAUCGACUUCCAAAAACAGAGCGAAACAACGUGCGAGUACAAUUGGGGAAGCAUCAAUUCGGGCGUUCUUGCUCCUCUACUUAACGCUUAUGAAGAACUCAUCAACGAAAAAAUCGACAUAAUUUCGACGUUCGAGCGAGAAAUGUCCGAAUUCACGGGAAAAUUAAAAAAUGUCCUCACGGAAAACGAAAAUCUCCGAAAAUCCGUCGAAGAAUUGCAACAAGGCAACGAAAUGUGGCGAAAUGAGCGAGAACGACUCCAAGCAGCUGCGGAUUUGUAUCGAAAUAAAGCCGAUGUGCAAGGAAAACGUGCCGACCUUGGAAAGGAAAAACUCGUCGAAGUCAUUCGAGUUUACGAGCAAAAAGUUCAAUCGCAAUCUCUUGACAUCGAACGCCUGCAAGAAGCUUAUUCGCGAUGCAAAGGCGAGUUAGCAGGCAUGAAACACUUGCACGAAAAGCCGGAAUCAGUAGUUGAAAGUUUACGCGAAUGCCAAAAAUUGUUCGAAGAAUUGAAGCAAAAUCACGACAAAGAAAAGAUCAAAAUGACGGAAAAUUUGAAUGCGUUAACAGAAAAGUGUGAAACUUAUCAGGAAAAGUUGGAAAAAGUUCAGGAAGAGAAUCGAGGGCUGAAAACGAGUUUGGAGAAGGAAAAAGAAGCUCAUAUUUUGCUGGCGGAGAAAUAUAGCGGAUUGAAAACGAAUAUUCAUCGAAUACGGCAAUCGAAGGAAAUGCUGAGAACGCGCUUGAAAGCCGUUAUUGCAUGGGGCAAAAAUUUGGAAGAUGGAAAAGGGAAAGUUCAAGCAAACUGGAAUGACUUGAAUCAAGUCGAAAUGCUGUUAGCGCAGAAACAAUCUCAAGUGCAAGCGAUUCAAGCUAAACAUCGCUCCGAAGUCGACGAAUUACAACGAAAACUAAAAAGUCGUGAAGAGACUUUGCACAAAAUUCUCAAGGAGAAAACUGAACGAAGAGCUGCUAAGGCAAAAAAUUAA